CCAUGAGGAAGAAGUAAACAAAAGCUGUUAUCCUGAAACAUUUGGAGUCUCGCACAAGACUCCAGAAGUUGUGGUGUCUUAUGUCUGCUUUAUUAAGAGGUUAUGCUGAUACGAGUAGCUCUGUUCAGUUGUGACUAUGGGGAUUUCAGUUUCCUGGAUUUCUAAGGAAACAACCCUCAUUGACAAAGAGGGCAACUUGUCUUCUCUUGUGGAAGAUGGAACGACAGAGAAUGACAGAGUGCCUGACGUCUCCCAGUUUCCUUACGUGGAAUUCACAGGAAGAGACAGCGUGACGUGUCCAACAUGUCAGGGCACCGGGAGGAUCCCCAGAGAACAGGAGAAUCAACUUGUGGCAUUGAUUCCAUACAGUGACCAAAGACUGCGGCCAAGAAGGACGAAGUUGUAUGUAAGUGCAUCAGUGGUGCUCUGCCUGCUGCUGUCCAGUCUGGCUGUUUUCUUCCUCUUCCCUCGCUCCAUUGAUGUAUCUAAUGUGGGAGUCAAGUCUGUUUAUGUCACCUAUGACCUGGAUCAGCACAUCGUCUAUCUCAACAUCACGAACACUCUGAACAUCACCAACAAUAACUAUUAUUCAGUGGAGGUGGCCAACAUCACAGCGCAGGUGCAGUUUGCCAGGACGGUGAUUGGUAACUCUCGCAUCAGUAACGUCAUCACUAUACGUCCUCUGGACAUGAAACAGAUUGAUUAUAUGGUCCCCACUGUCAUUGGAGAUGAGUUAAGCUACAUGUAUGAAUACUGCACCCUGGAAACCAUCAAGGUACACAACAUUGUUGUCAUGACUCACGUGACCAUCACAGCAACAUACUUUGGCCACUCUGAGCAGAUUUCUGAGGAGAUGUAUCAGUACGUGGACUGUGGGGGGAACACCACCACCAUCAGAGGGAUAACCCGACCUAUUGGCAACCCUGCUGAGUAAUGGCUCUCACUCAGGCUAGCGCCAUCAUGGUUCAUGUUUUGAUUUUGUAAAUGUUCAAAACUUGCUGUGUUCAGUCACAAAAGUGUAAAAGUAAAAUUAAUGACAAAUAAAUAUUUGUAAGUGAAGAGAAAGUGUAAUUGUAAUAUAAAAAAAAUUUUCUAGCUUAUAUAAAUGAACAGUUAUGAACAAUUACUAAAAUCAACCUUACUAAUAAUAGUUGUUUUCUUAUAAGUAAACCUUUUUAAAUAGGAAGAUAGAGGACAUCACCCAGUUCCACUGGCUCCCUGAAGCUCAGAGGAUAGACUUUAAAAUACUGAUCUUGUUUUAUAAAUCUCUGAACUGCUUCGCACCAAAAUAUAUUAAAAUGUGCUCUACAA